AUGUCUGAACACACUAUGCUUCCGAUUAAUGAAAAACGAAUAAUCGAGCUGCCGGGCCGAAUGCCUGGAAAUGGUGUCUGCGGCGUGCCUUUGGCUCGGCUAUCCCGCCGUAUCCGAGCUCGUUCCUAUUUCACAUUUCAGCAGUCACAAUCUCUCACAUCAUCGCUUGUCGGGAUUAGCCGACAAAUUGUCAACCACCAUCCCUUCCUCUCUCGCACAUCUUCGGAGCAGCCCAUCCGCUUGCUCGAGUGCAUCACGCUUUCACCUCAUCGGACCAUCCGCUGUCUGCUGCAUUCGACCGCGAAUUCGACCAAUUGGAUCGGAUUGAAUUGA